UGGGAAAGGGAGCGUCUCGGCGCAGGCGGGCGGGCGGCGGCGGAGCGGCGGCAGAGCGGCGGCUGCGCCUCAGAGUCGAUGCGCCGCGCCGACGGAAACACAACUGAGAGCGAUGGGGAAAAUCCGCUCAACUCGUAAACUGCGAUGCUGGAUGGUGGAUCAGGUCAACAGCGGGAAGUACCCGGGUCUGAUGUGGGACGACGAGGCCAAGACUAUGUUCCGCAUCCCCUGGAAGCAUGCGGGGAAGCAGGACUUCCGCAGCGAUGAAGAUGCCGCCAUCUUCAAGGCGUGGGCAGAGUUCAAGGGCAAGCUGACGGAGGGGGACCGUAAGGACCCCGCCUCCUGGAAAACCCGCCUGCGCUGCGCCCUCAACAAGAGCCCCGAGUUCACAGAGGUCAUGGAGCGAUCCCAGCUGGACAUCUCCGAACCCUACAAAGUCUACCGCCUCGUCCCCAUCAGCGAGCAGGGAAUGGUCCUACCCGUCAAAAAGUGCCGGGAGAAAUCGGCGAAGCGGCAGAGGCAGAGUAACCAAGACCCAGACGACCAGGAGGAGCUGUCCCCGGUCAAGCAGAUGAAGGAGGACGCGACCACCUCUCAACUGUAUUUUGAAGAAGACAUUCUUUUUGGGGGCGAGCCAACACCCAUCUAUGUAGAAGAGCCUGUUCAGCAGAUCCAUGCCUUGCAGGAUAAAGGAAUGGCGGACGAGAUCCAGCUGGACGUGCGCAUUGAGACUGCCCCCACUCCCCUCGAAGAGCAGGGCUCCUUCCACGUGGACGUCCACUACAUAGGACGGGAGGUUCUCGGACGGGACGUCUUGGGCAAUGACCUGCGGAUAUUAUACCUGCCCCCCUCUGUUGAGCCCCCAACCAACCCCUCGCUCAUCGGCGGCUUCCCGCGCAUCACCCUGCCGGAGCCCUCCUCCUCCUCUCUGACCUCCUGCCCAGAGACCAGCCCCAAGCUGCAGGCCCUCGCCACCCUGCUCCCCUACAUGGAGAGAGGGGUGGUGCUGACCACCAUGGGUUUGGGGGUCUAUGCCAGACGCUUCUGCGCGGGUCGGGUCUUCUGGACGGGCCCGCACACGACCUCGUCGGGGGUAAACAAGAUGGAGCGUAAUAAGGAGCCCGUGCUGCUCUUCAGCAAAGAGGUCUUCAGACAGCAACUCGACUAUUUCCGUGAGAACGGAGGCGAGCCGCCUCGGUGCGGCGUCACACUGUGUUUCGGAGAGGAGCUGAAAGACACGGACGACCCGUCCGACAAGCUCAUCGUUGCACAGAUCACAUUUCCAUGGGCUGAACGCCAGCUCCAGGACAUCAAGUCCUUCAUGGAGUCAAUAAGCAUCCUUCAGUCUCUAGCCAGUCAAUCACAGUCUGGCGAGAUAAUCCUCAACCUGCUCCCAGUGUCACCAAGUGUCCAGUCACAGGCAUCCUAACGGAACCGGGCAGUCUGUAAUCAACUAAGCAUUAACUAUCACGUGAUUAUGGACAUUCAAGGAUGGACUAUCGUAAAAAGGUAGACCUACUUCUGUCAAAAAAAAAAACAAACAAAAAAAACAAAAAAACAAAAAAAAACCCUGACAUCACUCAAAACUAACUGGUGAUAUUGAAAGACUAGUUUUAUUCGGGCAUCCGGGUGGCGUGGCGGUCUAUCCCGUUGCCUACCAACACGGGGAUCACCAGUUCGAAUCCCCGUGUUACCUCCAGCUUGGUCGGGUGUCCCCACAGACACAAUUGGCCAUGUCUGCGGGUGGGAAGCCGGAUGUGGGUAUGUGUCCUGGUCGCUGCGCUAGCUCCUCCUCUGGUCGGUCGGGGGAACUGGGGGGAAUGGCGUGAUCCUCCCACUUGCUACGUCCUCCUGGAGAAACUCCCCGCUGUCAGAUGAAAAGAAGCGGCCGCCUCCUCCACAUGUGUCGGAGGAGGCAUGUGGUAGUCUGCAGCCCUCCCUGGAUCGGCAGAGAGGGGGGGGGGGGGGGCAGCGACCAGGACCGCUCCGAAGAGCGGGGUAACUGGUCAGGUACAGUUGGGGAGGGGGAAAAAAAAAAGCGUAUUUUAUUUGACAUGGACAUCACAAUAGCACUGGAAGUGCAACAUACAAUUAUGCACAUGUACCAGAUGUACAGUAUUUAGGGUUUGUAGCGAAACGCUAAUUUUACAACACCUGUCCACAGGUGUCUCGUCUUUAGUAGGUAAUGUUUGGUUGAAAGUGGAUAACACUUAAGAUCCUCCAUUGUCGAAGAUACUUCAUGUUUUAACAUUGGGCACAAUUCUCUCCCAAAUAGACAUUUUCCUCUGAGGAAGAGUUAUUCAUGGUCUCGUCAUAUACCAUUAUAAAUACUAUGCUUUACAUUGAUCACUAUACUGAAAAAACAUAUUCCCUGAUCAACCUUCUCUCUCGAUGUUUGUGUGUUCAAAAUAGUUGAUGUUACAUGGCUGGUGAUGUCAAAACGAUUGGCGUGGCCAGCACAACUUCCUGUUUUUCUGUGGUUGGCUGUCGACCUCAACUCAAUUGUAGUGGCACCAAAAUAACUCCUCCGCUUCAGUAUGCGACUCUCUUCACAGCUUCAGAUUCCAAGGACUGGGAUGUGGCUUUCAGACCUAGACACAGCUGUAGUGGUAAAUCAGUGCCAGAAUAGAGCAACAAACAAGAACUCGCAGCUCAGAUGAUCUUUUCGUAACUCAUAACUGGGACACCAUUGAACACAGACAUGAAUGCACUUAGGUGGUUGGGGAAUAUUGAUUUUAAUUGCUCUGAAAAAACUCUCACACUCUGAAAGUGAUGAUGCACUAACUUGGUUGGUGCACAUGUUUUGAGCGACGCUCCGAUCUUGGUUCUGCGCCAGCAGGGCCGACGAACCAUGAUGGAGGCCCAGGGCACGAGGCACAUUCUGAACUAGGAGACCAGCAGAGGGUGACAAUGAAUGGAAGACUGCAGAGGUUAACAGAGUUGUAAAUAAUUUGUUAUUUAUACAUGUGUGUGUAUCGCUGUCAAAAAAAAAGUAAAUGCAUUAGAAAUAAAUUUAUAA